UCCCUGCGCGGCGCUGUGAGGGUCGCGCGCUGCUCGGGGAGAGGAUGGCGGCGUGGUGCCGCUGGCGCGGCGCCUGAAUCCGUGCAUUGGGAGAGCAAGAGGCAAAAGACACACCUAUGUGUGCUGGAGGCUUUUCUGUGGCCAGGGGACAGGGAUGCUGUGAGAAGAACUCCUCUCUCCUACAACUGAUUGAGACGACGUGGGCGAGCCAUGUCUGCUGAGGCUGAACACCCCGAAAAGCAACCCCCGGACCCACCCCCGGACCCACGCUGGAAGCUCCUUGUGUUCUACCUCUGUUUCUAUGGCUUCAUGAACCAGAUCAGACCUGGAGAGAGCUUCAUCACACCCUACCUGUUGGGGUCGGAGAAGAACUUCACAAAAGAAGAGGUAACCAAUGAAAUCACACCUGUACUGUCCUACUCAUACAUGGCUGUCUUGGUGCCCAUCUUCCUGUUGACCGACUACCUGCGGUACAAGCCGGUGCUGGUGCUGCAGAGCCUGAGCCACAUUGCCAUCUGGCUGCUGCUGAUCUUCGGGAGCAGCAUCCUUGCCAUGCAGUUCAUGGAAUUCUUCUAUGGCAUCACAAUGGCGGCACGGGUGGCCUACUCUUCGUACAUCUUCUCCCUGGUCACCCCUUCGCGCUACCAGCGCAUGGCUAGCUAUUCCCGCACCUCGGUCCUCAUGGGAGUCUUCACCAGUUCCGUGCUGGGGCAGCUCUGUGUCACAGUGGGGGGCACCAGCUUCAUGACCCUGAAUUACAUCUCCCUGGGGUUCAUGGCCUUUGGGCUGCUGCUGACGCUCUUCCUGGAACGCCCCAAGCGCAGCCUCUUCUUCAACAGGAGUGAGCCUAUGUGCAACGGCACCUCGCCCUCCGAGCUGGACAAAAUGAACCCUGGGGCCGGGGAUCCAGUGUGGCACAAGGCCCCUACCUGGAAGAACCUGGUCUUUUUCCGGAUGUUAAAGGAGCUGGCGGCAUUUGUACGGGUGCCGCAGUUAAGACUUUGGUCCCUUUGGUGGAUAUUCAAUUCUGCUGGCUACUACCUAAUGCUGUAUUAUGUGCAGAUUUUGUGGAAUGAGAUAUAUCCCACAAGAGACAACAGGAAAAUCUACAACGGAGGCGUGGAAGCCGCUUCAACGCUCCUCGGUGCCAUCACCUCCUUUGCUGCGGGCUACGUGAAGAUCCGUUGGACGCUGUGGUCAGAGCUUGUGAUUGGCGUAGUGACGGCGUUCCAGGCAGGCCUCCUUUUGCUGAUGAACACUACUGCCAACAUCUGGCUCUGCUACGUGGCUUACAUCCUCUUCAGGGGCUCCUACCAGUUCCUUGUGCCUAUAGCCAUUUUCCAGAUUGCAGCUUCCCUGUCCAAAGAGCUCUGUGCCCUGGUGUUUGGAAUCAACACUUUUCUUGCCACAGUUCUCAAGACUGUCAUCACCAUCAUCAUAACAGAUAAGAGCGGUCUGGGUCUCUCAAUCCACCCUCAGUUCUAUGUUUACUUCAGCUAUUUCACGCUCCUGACAGUGGUGUAUCUUUCUGCAUCUGUGUACGUGGCUGUGAAGCAUAAUGGAUGUAGGAAACCUCAAAAGGAAGCACCACCCAAGGAACUCAGCAUGCCAGUUGAGGACAGAGGCACAGAGCUGGCAAACUUGGAAGUCUGAGAAAAUGGUGGAUGGGGAAGAAAAGAGGACCUGGCCUGCCUGCAUACUCGCAGCUGGGAUGUAACACACAGAACUCCCACGUCAAUCAGCACUUAGAAGCAUCUCAGCUUUCCAGAGUAUCAGAUCACUGCAGAAGGAAAAGGCCUUCCUUGACUCUAGGGCUUGUGCAUCAACAGCAUGCAACCAGACAACUAGAUUUCCCCCCAGUCUUGGUCAUGUGUGUGGCAUAGGCUCCUGAGCUCAGGUGAGAUUAUGGAGACAUUUGCCAGUGUUAUGGUUGGCACCUGGUGAUUUUAUGAAUGUAGUUUUAAACACUGAUAAUACUCUGCACGCUUUCCCCUCAGCCUUUAAACGAGGCAACAG